AUGCUCCAGACCAGCAACUACAGCCUGGUGCUGUUCCUGCAGUCCCUCCUGCUUUUCUACGACCUCUUUGUCAACUCCUUCUCGGAGCUGCUCCGCGCGGCCGCCGCCGUCCAGCUCGUCCUCUUCAUCAUCCAAGACAUUGCCAUUCUCUUCAAUAUCAUCAUCGUUUUCCUCAUGUUCUUCAACACCUUCGUCUUCCAAGCCGGGCUGAUCAACCUCCUCUUUCACAAGUUCAAAGGCACCAUCCUGCUGUCGGUGGCCUACCUGGCGCUCAGCAUCUCCUUCCACAUCUGGGUUAUG